AUGAACUGUCUUCACAUUCACAAUCUAUCAAGAUUCUCUCUUCUACCCUUCCACACACUUGUUACUUCUCCUUCUUCCCACCACUCUUCUUCUCUAUCCUUCAUCCCUAAGUCUCCAACCAUGUCACUUAAGGCUGCUUCUGGUUCUAUAUCAAGUGCAGAGACAAGUAGCUCUCAUGUUGAGGAGGUGGUCAAGUCUGAGACAUACAGCAACAACAUGACAGAAGCCAUGGGUGCUGUUUUGACUUAUAGGCAUGAAUUAGGAAUGAACUACAACUUCAUCCUACCAGACUUGAUUGUUGGAUCAUGCUUGCAGACUCCUGAAGAUGUUGAUAAGCUUCGUAAAAUCGGAGUCAAAACUAUAUUUUGCUUGCAACAAGACCCAGACCUAGAAUAUUUUGGAGUUGAUAUCAAUGCCAUACGAGAGUAUGCCAAAACUUUCAAUGACAUUCAACACUUGCGCGCUGAGAUAAGGGAUUUUGAUUCAUUUGAUUUACGGAAGCGACUUCCUGCUGUAAUUAGUAAAUUAUACAAGGCAGUUAAAUCUAAUGGAGGUGUGACAUAUAUACAUUGCACUGCUGGACUGGGAAGAGCUCCAGCUGUUGCGUUGACAUAUAUGUUUUGGAUUCUGGGUUAUAAACUCAAUGAAGCUACUACACUACUUCUGAGCAAAAGGUCGUGCUUUCCAAAAUUGGAUGCCAUAAAAAGUGCAACGGCCGAUAUUCUUACAGGACUCAGUAAGAAGCCAGUCACUUUGUCAUGGGGACACAGCAAUUGCUCUAAUGUGGAAAUUUCAGGACUUGAUAUUGGAUGGGGGCAGAGAGUGCCCUUAGCUUUUGAUGACAAACAAGGUUCAUGGUUUCUCAAGAAGGAAAUGUUUGAAGGGCACUACGAGUACAAGUACAUUGUUGAUGGUGAGUGGACAUGCAAUAAGGAUGAGCUUAUAACCUCUCCCAACAAAGAUGGCCAUGUCAACAAUUUUAUUGAUGUCGUUGAUGAUGCGGACGGUGAUCGUGCCUCUCUUCGGGGGAGAGUGACUGGCGAUGAUCCGAAUCUCACAGAGGAUGAACGAAACAAAAUAAUAGAGUUUCUGGAAGCUUUUCCCAAUGAGGAUCUCUGA